AUGGAAAUGAAGUUGGUUUACUUCUCUUUCAAAGCGAAAGUCAAAGUCGAUACCGACAAACAUACAGUAGCCUAUAUUAAAGUGUAACGCUACAGAAAGUGAAAGUUAUCGAGGUUACAGACUGAAAACGACUUCUCAUUGACGAGCUGCAGGUCUUGGACACUUUCCCUUUGUUGAAGCAGGAUGUCACUGCCAUUCUUUGGCUGGGAGGUGGCCUAUGAUGAUGACUCUCCUCGUGCGGAGCUGGGGUCAUCUCAGGAGCCCAAAGACAGGGGUGUCUACACCAUGUACCAUGGCACCAGCAUUGCCAAUGCACGGCUCAUCAUUUCCAAUGGCUUUCAGCAGUCGCCCCGUGGCAUGCUGGGAAAGGGCGUAUAUGUCUCUCGUGAGAAAAAGAAGGCAGAACGUUAUCCUUUAAACAAUAACCUUUCAGACCGCGUGGUCCUUAAGCUACGUGUGCGUGUUGGCCGUGUCAAACGUAUUGACAAGGACGACCAUCCUAUGCAGUACACCUGGAGCACGCAGGGCUACGACACUGCUUGGGUUCCCCCCAACUGUGGCAUGAAAGCUGUGCCCAGUGGCCUAGAGGAGGAUUGUGUGUUUGACCCCAAAAGAGUGACGGUGGUGGGCAUUGCAAAGGCACCAAACAACACCAUACUGACAGAGCUUCAACAGCUUGUAACUAAUAGUCAGAGAAAUCCCAGCGGAAUAUAUGGGGGUGCAGCGUCACAAGGUGGUGGAGCUGUGGAUGUGUGUUCACUGUGCAAGAGAAAGACCCAGCUGGGCUCCUCACACACCAAGCAACAGUGCUGGGGCUGUGGGCAAAACAUCUGCAUUCUCAUGACCAAGCAUGUUUGUCGAGUUAGUGUCUGAGAGCGUGUUAAGGACAAACAGUGCUGUAGUGAAACAGAUGGAAUGAGAAUCCAGGUCCAUAUAGCCUUAUUAGGUGGAGGGGAAAACUUAAGAGUAAACAUUAUUCUCACCUCAAAGUAUAAUACUACUUAAGUGUGAUUUUCUGUAUAUUGACAGAUCAGCAUGCUUAGGAUUAUGUGAAACCAAGAGGAGACAAUCUAUACAUACUGAGCAAGAUGUCUUUAUUUCAGCCUUAAUGUUGAUAUUGGUUACUUAAUGUGAAGUGCAUUUUGAAAUUGUACGCAAUAAGACUCAUGAUUUUGAUAUAUUGAAUUCAUUGACACUGUAUAAUGUAAAACCAAAGAAUCAUGGAAAGCCAAUAAAAGUUAUUCAUGAUAUCAGA